GAUGGCUAGGUCAUCACAAUGCACUCUCACGGUGUUGCGCCGCAAUCACCAUGAAGAUCAUCUUCUGGCUUUUAACCUUGCAAGACGCAUUUGCCCGUUGUCAGCAUUAGGCAAGAUUUUGAAAACGAAGCACUAUGGUUGAUGAAAUUUGGUUCAAAAUAAGGCUACCUCAUGCAGGCCCCAAGGCUCGCUGAAUCGCUGACAUUCAGUUGGUAGGUAGGUAGGUAGGUGCCUAAUCCGUCAGCUGCAGUGCAACUACAUCCCCAGCAUAAGUACAGCCUUAUACUAUACUUGGGUCGAUGAUGCGAGAAAAUCAUUUUCUUCGGGGCUUAUACUUGAGGGGUGAGGAGUCUCAACCAUUCUUUUCAUCGUUCUUUAAACUGCCAUCCAGGCUCUUUUCAUGGCUUUAGCUUCUGAAUUCUCAAUAAUUACCUAUAUCCCCAAUUAAGAUAGGGCGCGAUGAGCGACCAACAACGAGCAGUAAAUGAGGCAUCUGAACAGGAAACUUCGGUGGAAGACAUGUGGGAUGCGGCUGCUAAGGCGUUUCAGGACAUAUGUGGCGAAUCAUUGCAGAGAGGCGACGUGAAGGAAUUGGACGAUGUGAAGAAGAAGAUCGAGGGCAUCAGCAAAGCAUCAUACGACGUAAAGCAGAAAGACAAAUGGGAUAAGGCAAAGAGCGCCGGGCUCAGCUCGCUCAAAUAUCUGAGAGCGCUUGUCGGAGUUGCUUCACAGGCAGCUUCAAUUAUCCCCGUUCCCGCAUCGGCAGUUACUAUUGCUAGCACUGCCCUCUGUAUCGUCUUUGACAUUCCCGAGGCUAUCAAAGGCUACAAUGACGCCAUUGACCAGGUUUUUAGCGAGGUGUCUUCGGCGCUCUCGCAAUUCGAAGUCUUCGCAUCGAUACAAAAUAUUCAUCCUGAGCUUAUUCGGAGAAUCCACCUAGUGAUGACCAGCCUCGUCAAGCUCUGCGCCCAUGUUGUCAAGUAUCGCCAGGGCCGCAAGCGGGACCGCAUCUUGCAACAGGUCAAGUCUAUCUUCGACGAUGACUCGGGCCUGUCUGAUGAGAUGGCUAAAUUCAAAAAGUUACUGCAGCAGCAACACGACGUAGAAGGAACCGUCACACUCGCGAUGGUGGCUAAGACAAACCAGGAUGUUGCGAUACUCCGAGAGCAACAUGCCGUCUCCGGAAAGACGACCGAGGAGACCCACCAGUUGGUAAGGGAGGCGCAAAAGGACGUGCAGUCCUUCAAGAACGACGCCGACCGCAUCAAGAGACUGACCAAGAUCCGUAACGCACUUGAAGUUUGGCCAACGGUGCGGCUUGAUACUAACACUACGAAAACAUGCACCGAUAUCUGUAAAGGAUGCUACAACCGCACAGGGUCCUGGAUCUGGACGCACGAUGCUUAUACCACAUGGAUAGCACCUAAUAAGGACAAGGAAAGCUCGCAUAUUUUAAUCUUAUCAGGACCCGCGUCCUCAGGUAAGACUUCAGCCAGCGCCCUCAUUACAAAGCGCCUUGAGGAGCAAAAGGGGCGCACAUAUGUGGCGCACUACUUCUUCCCACCUAGUAUAAAAAAGUCAGACGACGAAAAGGAUUUGCCUGUGCAUUCAGCGUUAAAGUAUAUGGCGUUUCAGAUAGCGCGCGUUGAUCCUACCGUUCAAAAGCCGCUCGGCGAAACAUGUGAUGCUGGUUCCGGUGUAUUUCGGCGUUCAGCCAGUCUCGAGACUCUGGACGCACUAUGGGGGGACCUAAAGAUUGGGACGCCCGUGUCAGGUGCCACAUACUACCUUAUAUUCGACGGGCUCGAGAAUCUUCCCUACAAGCAGGUUGACAUACUGCUAAAAUUCGUCUUUGGCUCUAAGCUAACGGAUGAAUCAGCCGGGCGCGUGCGCAUCCUAGUGAGCGGGACUGACGACCAGUUCGUCGGUAAGCUUGAAGGCGUUAAUACGAGCAAGGCUCUAAGAAUCCGAAUGGAGAAGCACAACGGGCUAGAUAUGCGCAUCGUGGUCGAUGAGGCGCUCACCAAGCGGGGCAUGUUGGAGCGCCCAAAGCCUGGCUCGGAACAACAGAGAGCGCGGGAUAAGAUCGUUCAGAAGCUGCCGCAGAUUGUUAAUGGAAGCUAUUCCCGCUUACAAUUCGGGCUCGAUGACGUGGUCCGCCUUCUGAGUACACGCACUACCUCCCAGGAGCUUGACCGUAUGCUGGGCCAGCCGAUGAGUAGUCACGAGGCGGCUAUCAAGAACCUACAGCGGUCGCUGACAGCGGAUGAGAUUGGCGAGCUGAACGAGUUGCUUAAGUGGGUUCUCUUUUGCAAGGAACCCAUGACGUUAGACCAACUUGAGGCGGCCAUGUUCCUCUAUUCUGGUACCGAGUCCCUUGCAUCCUUACAAUUCAUCAUUAAGAAUAAGUAUUCCGCUGUGUUGAAGCUAGAAAAUGGCUAUGUCUACGGCCAAGAUGGCGUCAAAGACUACCUGCAAAAGGAUAAAGAUAUGUCGGGAAAGGCAUCGCAUUCUAAAGACCGCUCUACCAUCAGCAUGAAAAUCUCCAUAAAUAACGUGGACCAGGAGCUCUGCGCACACUUCCUUUGGGACCUCGCGCAUAAAGCUAUUCGGGAAAAAUUCAAGUUUGACUUUGAUGCCACUUCUCCCAACAGCGCUCUCUAUGGUAGCAACCAGGCUGCCAUCGCGGCAGAUGAGUUUGAGGCACAUCACACUAUUGUUACCCGCGCGUUUGAGUACCUCGAUAAAGAGCAUGAGGACCGGACCAAGGAUGUAGGAAAUUAUCUAGUCGGCUGGCUGCCGUAUCACUUGAACCAGCUCCGCCAGCUCGAGGACGAAGAAAAGGGUGCCCUGACACCCAGCGAGCAGAUCGAUAUUGGUCAGAGUCUGUACAAACUCUUCAAGGAUGAGAAGAUAGUUUUACGCCACAAGACUAAUUUCGAAUUGACACGGUGGUUUGUGGGUGAAAUGGAAGACAUGCAGAAAUGGUUGAUGGACUCCGCUGUUGUGCGAAAAUUAGACAAGAAAUGGCGGAGUGGGGUGCAGCUACUUAUCAGUCCGACAAGGAGUUUUUUGAAAGAUCUCGUAAAGGUGAUCGUCGAAGGGUUAUUGAGGGCAAGGAGCUGGGAAGCUCAAAGUUCAUAUGGUUGGAUUAAUGAGUUUAUGAAACUAGAUAUAAAGUUCCAGCAGACUAACGAGCAUCUAAGAGCCGACGAAAAAGAUUCCUCUAGAUCUGUCACUCCCCUUGUUAUCAACUCUCCUGAUGACAUUGACUGGGACCGUGCCAGCGCCUGGUGCCAGAACUUUCUAGGACUUCCAGACUCGGAGCUCAACUCACUCUGGUAUGAGCGGCUCGCUGAAGCCUCAUCUUUGCAAUACUGUAAAGCAGACACAGUCUUGUCCUUAUACGCACGGGCGAUUGAAAAGGAUAAUCCUAGUUGGCUAUGCUACCGUGGCCUUGGACAAACGUGCUUUAAAGAGGGCUGGACACAGAAAGCUAUCGCACAUAUGGAGCGAGCGCUGCAAGAAGCGAAACAAGAGGGUGCCAUGCCCAAGCCGGAAGUGAAGGAUAUUAUGGAGUUGUAUCUACUCUUGGGGCAGUAUGCCUACGAGGGUAGCGAUGGGCAGAAGGCGGCUGAUUACUAUAAAGUUGUGUGCGAGAGUGAGGACUCGGCGCAAGCGCAGCAGGGACAGCUAGGCUAUCUGAAGGCCGGACUCAGUUUCCUAGAUGCAAAGGUGAUGCGGCAUUUAUUGGAGGGAAAAUUAGCCAACGAUGGCAAGGAGGGAACGAUGGUAAGCGUGCUUAAGACAAUUGCGCAAGACACAGAACACGAUAUGAUCAUGUCCAAGAUAUUCAGUGUGGCGAAGGAUAGUCCAUACCUUCUCGAAGGGAUUGUACGCGACAUAGAAACUGCGACGGCACCGCCUGUGCUGAAUGAGAACCAUCUCCUUGCCAAUGACGAGGUUCGCGGGGUUCUCCUCUAUGAUCGGGGCGUCGCAGCCUAUACGUAUAAUGUAUCGUCCGACGGCACUGAUGCAGUCCGCGAGGCCCUUCGGCUGUGGGAGGAGAGCCGCGAUCUGCUUUCUAACAUUGGUGGACAAAAUCCAUCGAUCGCGCGACGUGACGCCACCACAGCGCUCGCAAAACAUUACUUCCAAGAUAUGAUGGAUGGAAACCAUCUGGACCAUGUCAGUGCAUUAGCCAGACUAACAGAGGCAGAGUCUAGCAGUUAUGUCUAUGAUGACGACACGACUGGAUUCUUAGGCACAGUGUAUGCGCGACAGAACAUGAAGAAAAAUGCUAGAGAAGUGCUAGUGGGGUGGAUGAGACAGGCGUUCCGUACUCUCUCGGAUGAUAUACUAGAGAACGAUAUGUACGGGUACUCAAUCAUAUCGAGGACGCUUAAUCACUACCUUGAUUUUGGUAACGCGGCCAUUGCCCUGUCUUUGGCGGGCACCCCUGAUCUCGUUACUGACAAACUAUAUUUCGAGGCUAAGGACAUUGCAGGAGAUGACAACGCAGACAAUACAUUGCUGUUAGAUAUAGUUAAUAAGUUAGCCAAGGAAACAAUCGAAGUCGCUAAGGUUCAGGUCCCAAACUUCUCACAACAAACUCAACGCAUCGAAGCUGCUAAAGCACACAUCGAUUCUCUCAUAGCCGAGGCAAGUGCCAAAGCCAAACCUGAAGCCGAUAAGCCCGAAAGUCAAGACGAACCGACGGCCUCAGAACUCAAGACUGCCUCCGCUCUGAGCCUCAUUCAUACGCGCUUAUCUACCCUACAACAGAUACACUCAUCUAAAAUCGACGUGACGGCCUUCUGGUGGUGGAGUUGCGACGGCCGCAACCCAGACGGCAGACACUGCAAGAACACGGCCAGCUUCGAGCGCGAAUUCUACCACUGCAUAUACUGCGCGAACCGGGACUUCUGCGCCGAAUGUCUCGCGCGACUACGCGCCCCCACUCCCGACUCCGGGAUCACGGUGUGUAGCGCCAAACAUCGGUGGAUGCGGAUUCCGCCGCAGGGAGACGACAUGUACGUUGGCCUAAAGACGAAGACCGUGCGGGUGCCGAAGGAAGUGAAAGGUAGAAAUGGAGACGAGGGGAUUUUGGAGAUUUAUUAUGAUGAGAAUGGUAGUGAAGAGAUUACCGUAGAGGCGUGGAAGGAGGCGCUGGCUAAGGAGUGGGAUAUCUCCCUUGAGGAUAUUAGGAAAGAGGUUUCUAGGCAAGACGCGCCUGAUAAAGGUGGGGAGGACGAAAAGAAAUCUGAGGCGUAGACGGGUAGGGAGUUUGUGCUUGAAUAGCCUAGGACCGCGCUAUAAAAUAGGCGUAAUCGCGCUGGAGAAAUUGCCCAUGUGGUGGUCGAGUUUUAUGGUUGGAAGCAAUCGCUGAAUAAGGGCUCUAGCUGUAUUGCGUUAGGUGAAGACUCUGACCAAAUAGUGAUCUGUUCACCUAUAACUCAACUAAGAUAUAGUGGAUAUCCACUAGGUUUCAGGGGCUGAGCCAACGCCACAC